AUGCAUGAUUUAGUACAUGAUUUUGAUUCCAUAUCACCAAACAUUUGGAUGUUAAAUGAAAAAGAAUGGAAAGAAAAGCUUUUGAAGUUGCCAAACUGGAAUAAAAUUCCUUUGUUAAAUUCAAAUGCUUCACAUAACUUACCUGAUGGAUCUCUCGUUCGAUUUCGUGGAAUGGUUCAAGAUAUGCACAAUCCGGAAUUUUAUUUUGAACAAUUUGAAGUCUACAAUUCAGGAACAAAUGAAGUAAAAAUGAAAUCAGGGAAAUAUACCGAUACGGCUAAUGUACUGGAAAAUGAAAAAAUAAAUUAUACAGAGAACUUAAAGAGUGCCCAACGUCAAACUAUAGUUGUUGUAUCUAUGCCAGGAUUUAACAAAUGGGCUCAGAAAAUUGAAGAUGAUAUAAACCAUUUAAAACAUUUAGAGCAACAUCCUAACACUUCAAAGCGAUUAAAUUUAAAUAGUACAAAGUUAAAAAGGAGUUAUGAAGAGAGUGAAGAAGACACAGAGGCUAUGGAUAUUGAAAGUGAUGCGGGGAAUAAAGAAAGAAGAACUGCAGAAGUAGUAAAUGAAUCAUCAAAUGUUGUGUCUAGAGAGCAUUUGUUGAACUUUCCACUACCUGAUGUACCAAGCAUGUCGUGUAUUAUGAAGCUAUAUGAAGAAGAUGAAAAUCUUAAACUCAAUGAUAUGAUUGAAGUUGUAGGAUUUUUAUCUGUUGAUCCUGCAUUGUCUGGGGAAUUCCAGCCGGAAACGGAUGCUCUUUUAGAGCCCUUAAGUGAAAGCGAAGCUGAAAUCUUAACACAUAAUCCACCACCGAGUUUAGUCCCAAGAUUACAUGCAGUAUAUGUGAAAAAGUUAAAUCAUUGUAACCCUUUAGUGAAAGAAAAUUUUGAUCAAGAGGCUGCACUUAAAGACGCCAAAAUAGCAAUUGAGCACUUGCUUAAAGCUUUAAGUGAAUUGUUAUUGGGAGACAAAUUAGCUGCUGAAUAUUUGAUAUGUCACCUUAUAGCUUGUGUCUAUCUACGCCAAGAAACAAUCACUCUUGGUCAGUUCUGUUUGAACAUUUCAAAUCUACCCACAAAGAAGUAUCCCAACUAUGCAAAGCAAUUGUAUGACAUCAUCAAGCAAUUUGUGACGAAGAGUUAUUAUUUGCCACUAACCAUUGAAAACAUGAAUACCAUGACAUUAUUGCCUAAAAAAGACUAUGAUUGUAAUCGACUAACAAGUGGCAUUCUUCAACUAACCAAACACACUCACCUGGUUUUAGAUGAGACAAAAAUGGAACAAGGACGGUUGGACGCGACUGGAGUCAACAAUAUAUCAGCAUUGGGCCAUUUGAUCAAUACACAGCGAGUGGAAUAUGAUUUUAAAUAUUACAAAAUGGAGUUUGAUACAGAUAUAUCUGUUCUGAUACUGUCGGAAGGAAAGUCUUUGUUGCCCAGUGACUACCACAUUUCCUUAAGGCCUGAAGAAUCAUCGCUGGAAAUAUUUGAUGCCAUAGUUGAAGCAGCUACAUAUUAUUUAAAGGAAGAAAUAAUGACUGCAAUAAGAACUUAUCUGACAAACUUGAAGCUGGUUAAAUACACUAUAAGUGAAGAUUUACAGUUUGUAGAAGACGAUUUUAUAGAAAUGCGAAACAAUUCGGACAACGACAGUCCCGUGACGGCGGACGACCUGCACCGGCUGUUGGUGCUGGCGCGCCUCGUCAGCCUGUCCCGCGGACACGCCACCUUAGACAAGGAGUGCUGGGACAUCACUAAGGAUAUGGAAAAUGAAAGAUUACAAAGACUUAGAAAUAGGGUUGCGCCCACCUUG